UGUGGAGGAGAACUACAUGCUGAACUUUCAAGCCAGUAUUUCCACUCGCAUGCUAGUUCAGACGGCCUUAUCAAGUCGAAUGGAGGCUCGAUCGGUGUUUCAGGUGGUGCAGGCGGCUACAGGGACGGUUCCUAUGCCAACAGUCACCUGUCGUCCGCUUCCUCAUCCUUCUCCUUGGCAAUAGGGACUGACGUGUCUGCAAACUCAUUUACCUCCAGGCGUCCUCAUACGGGUUACCCGAACCAGCAAGAUUGUACCUGGCGAAUUCUGCCCACCAAAGGGAACUACACCGUUCUCCUGCGCUUCCUCGACUUCGAGCUCGAGGCAGAAUCCAACUGCAAGUAG